ACUUGAAAUAGAGCCAAUUACGCAUGAGAAGUUUCUCAUCAUCAUCAUCAUCAUUUUGGUGUAAACUUUUUUUCUUCCAACAAGUAAAAGAAGCAAAAAGGUGGGUUGGAGCUAAACGUGAAGGCUGUUCCUCUUUUCCCUGUUUUCCCUCUCAUCAUCAUCCUCAUCAUCAUUUUAGCUUUUACACUGUUUACUUGUGUCCAAAUAUUAUUGAGUUGUGGUGGUUCAAAUCUUACUUUGUUUUCAUCAGCAAACAUGGUUUCAACCACCAAUCCAAUCAAAAGUUUAAAAUUUUCAAUUUCCAACAUUUUAUCACCUGAAUUUGGUAAACAAAUUCAGGUGAUAACAACCACCACAGGAUCAAUAGAAUCAGCCUUUUGUUCCAAUGGAUUACUCCCUAGUUCCAGAGAUCAUCUUCAUCUUCAUCAUCUUUACGCUCAACUACAAGCCAACCAUCUUAUACGACCUCGAUCUGCUGACGAUGAUUCACAAUCAGAAUCUAGUGCAACAACAGGUGGGCCCGAUUCACCGGCCAACUCAAAUUUACUUCCUCAAAACUCACCUCUAGAAUGUCUCUACGAAUUGACCAGUAAAGCCUUUGAUCGUAUCAAUGGACACAAGUCAGUGGAUGGAUCCAGCGAUCAUUUAAAUAUCUUUUCCAAUCGUCCGCCUCCAAAGAAAAAGCGAAAAUCUCGAACUGCAUUUACCAACACUCAAAUCUUUGAAUUGGAAAGGAAAUUUAUCCAGCAAAGGUAUCUCUCUCCAGCUGAUCGUGAUGAUUUAGCCUCUCGAUUGGGUCUAACUGGUCCUCAAGUGAUUACAUGGUUCCAAAAUCGACGAGCUAAACAGAAAAGAGAAGUUGAAGAAACGAAAAAUGAUCUACAAAAUCAUGUAAAAACCAUGUACUAUCCAGAUAUUUAUGAUAAUAUUCAAGAUUUGUCAAUGUUAAAAGUUCCAGAUAUUCGAGCAAGUUUACAAUUCCAUAGUAAAUCACCUUGAUAUGGAGGAAUAAUUUUUUGGUGGUUAACUUGGCAUGGUCACAACAAAUCUAAAUAAUAAUCACAAUCAACACGAUAAACAAUGUAAAAUUGGCAAUCAUAUAAAGGGUGUAUUGUUUAAGAGUGAAAUUAUGGGAGCAAACAGAGCAACAUUUAUUUACCUGAUUGUGGUGAUUAUGAUGAUAAAGAUGUUGAUAAAUAUGAUGCAUUUUUCAUCAUUGUCCAUUUUCACGUUUAUCUUCAUCUUAUCAACAUAUUUAUCGUCAUAAUCACCACAGUCAGAUAAGUAAAUUUUACUCUUUUGCUCACAUAAUUUCACUCUUAAACAAUACACCCUUUACUUGCCUUGCACUUGCUUUUGUGAAAACCAUUUCCACUUGUUAAAGCUGACUGGAAAAGGAUUCAAUCAUCAACCUUGCUGUUUUGUGUUUUAACUUAUUUGUUUCUCAUUUGUUUGUCUCCCAUUUUGAUUGUGAUUUAUUAGGUGAUCAUCCUUUCAAAUAAUAUAUAGAUUAUAAAUAAUUAUUGAUUUGAUUGGCAAACUUUGCUGCCAAUUUACUCUCUUUGAAUACAAUUUCAUUCCGAGUAUCAUCCUCUAUCUCCUCCCUAAAGCAACGCUACUAUUUGAUUCUCUUUCAUCACCAUCACCAUCACCAUCAUCAUAAUCAUGAUCAUUAUCCAAAUCAUAAACUAUCACCUAAUGUCGUAAAAUUAUUCAAAAUUAUAACAUCAAAUAAUUCAUGUUCAUCAAUUUUUAGUUCCCCUUUUGUUUCCCUUAUAAAUUUCACCUUGUUUAUGUAUUUAAGCUCUUUAUUAUCAUUCAAUUGUGGUGAUGAUUUCAAUAAACAAACAAAGACAAAUGUUUACAAUGUUAGUAACAAUGACAAUGUUAGCUCAUAAACUCUUCACAAGUAAACUUGUUAAUAACAAUAAAAAAUCGACUUUUAAUGCAACAA